AUCCUGAUAACAUAAAAAUAUUUCUACUCAGUACACUAAGUAACCGCAAACGGUGAGCAUUUAAAAAAAAUGGGAGAGACUGGUCCGGGAUAUGCAAGUCCUUUGGAUGCCAUGAAGGGCCCUAGGGAAGAAAUUUUGUAUGUGAUUUGCGUACAACCCAGUCAAGGCAACGGCAAAACCGAUCUUUUAGCGACUGUCGACGUUAAUCCAGAAUCGCCAACAUAUUGUCAAAUAAUUCAUCGAUUGAGAACUGGAAACGAAAAUGAUGAAUUGCACCACAGUGGGUGGAACGUUUGUUCUAGCUGCUAUGUACCCAAAGGAUGCUGCAAUGCACAGAAAAGGGACAAACUUGUUCUGCCAGCUUUUGGAUCUGACAGGAUUUACAUUAUAGACACUGGGAAAAAUCCUAAGGCGCCUGAAAUGCAUAAGGUGAUAGAUUCAUCAGAAUUGGUGAAUCUGGAUUGUCGUACUCCUCAUACGACUCACUGCCUAGCAAGUGGCGAAAUAAUGAUUUCUGUCAUGGGAGACAAUGAAGGAAAUGGCAAGAGUGACUUCAUUUUGAUAGAUGGAAAAACGUAUAAAACAAAAGGAACAUGGGUUAAGGGAAAAUCGCCCAAAUUCAACUAUGACUUUUGGUACCAACCUUACUUUGACGUUAUGAUAUCGUCGGAAUUUGGUGCUCCAAAAAUUUUCAAAACUGGCUUCAAGCCUGAACACACGAAAGAUCCCGACGCUUAUGGAAGAAACUUAAACUUUUUCUCAUGGAGUAAACGGGAACUCAUCCAAACUAUUGACCUGGGGGAAGAUGGGCUGACACCUUUAGAGGUUCGCUUUCUACAUAAUCCCAAGGAGAGUCAAGGAUUUAUAGGAUGUGGAAUAAAUUCAAACGUAUUUAGGUUUUAUAUGAAACCUGACGGUAGUUGGGCAGCAGACAAAGUCAUUAGCAUUCCACUGAAGAAAGUAUCUGGCUGGAUUGAAGAUUACAUACAAGGAUUGAUAACUGAUAUUAUUCUGUCCUUGGACGACAAAUAUCUUUAUUUGUCAAAUUGGCUACAUGGGGAUGUAAGACAAUACGAUAUCAGAGACCGAGCUCAUCCAAAACUUACAGGACAGGUUUUCCUCGGAGGAAAAAUCUUGAGCGAUUCCAACAUAAAAAUUUUAGAGGACCAAGAACUCACUGAACCUCCAAAACCUGUCUAUAUAAAGGGAAAGAGGUACUAUGGAGCACCCCAGAUGCUUCAGCUGUCUCUAGACGGCAAGAGACUCUAUGUCACUAAUAGCAUAUUUUCUCCUUGGGAUAAACAGUUCUACCCCGAGAUGGUGCAAAACGGUGGAAGUCUUGUAAAAUUAGACAUCGACACGGAAAAUGGCGGUAUGAUGCUCGAUGAGAAUUUCUUGAUAGAUUUUGGAAAAGGACCGGAUGGCCCUCUGCUACCCCAUGAAAUGAGGUAUCCUGGUGGAGACUGUACAUCCGAUAUUUGGUUAGCAGAAGAAUAAAGUCAUAUUAUUAAAACAUAUACCUAUGGGGUUAUGGCUAAUUUUUCAUACCAUACAAUAGCAAUUAACAAUUUUUUACAGUAGGAUAUUAAUAAAAAUGUAUUAAGUAAUGCAAUGUAAGCCCUCAAAUCUAUUUUUAUUAUAAAUUUAUUUAUAUUUUUUAUAAAAAUUGCUUUUUAAAGGACGUCCAUAACAGCAUUAUUAUUACGAUAAGAGGUGUAUUCUAAAUAUAGAUGUUUUAAC